UCCGACUUUAUAGCAGUAUCCCGGAUUGACUUACACGGUUCGCAAGAGUUUAUGGGAAGGUUUCCAAAAUGGCGUCUCGAGCUGUUGGUUUAGCUCGUUUGGCCAACAAAUUUAGUCCUUCUUCAAUUAUUAGAUGCAAUUUUCUACGCCACAGAGCAGUUGUUGCAGGUUAUCAUACUGCUAAAUCCAAUCCUCCGCUGCCAAUGCCAUUUGACGACAACCGUAAUGUUCCAACCAAGUGGGAUGACGAUGGUUUAGAUCUGGGAGAUUAUCCUAAUCUACCUUACAUUUCUUACCAGAGAAGGCCGCAGUCUGAUUGGUGGGAUUUCCAAGACAGGAGGAACUACGCAGAGCCUAUACAUGAAGAUGAGGAUGCCUUAAACAUUUGGGUUUGGCAAGAAGUUGAAUGUAAUGACAGGUAUACCAAAACUGAGGCUCUUACCCAUUUGCUAAUUGCCUUUGGCUUGUUGGGAGGUGUUUAUUAUUUGUCAUAUUUGUAUGAUGCUCCUUCAAGAAAUCCUGCCAUUCCAAGAGAAAUGCCAUUCAAUAACCUUUACUUGGAGAGGGGUGGUGAUCCUGAUAAAGAUCCUUCAUUGGACAAAGGAAAAGUUCAUAAUACUUUGUUUGGUGCAUGAUGAAAAGGAAGUUCAAUGAAGUAUAUUGAUGUUUUUUGUAAAUAAAGUUUUAUUUCUGCUACUAAGAAUAAAGAUCAGUUAUGAUGUUGAA